ACGACUCCAAACCUUCAACGACGGAUGAGCAGCGUCUGCUAAAAGCCCUGAUUUGGAAUUAUGAUCCAGCUGUCAGACCAGUCUACGACGCCAGACACUCAGUUGUAAUCAAAUUAGGCAUUACUCUCACUCAGAUCAUAGACAUGGAUGAGAAGAACCAAGUCUUAACAACCAAUAUUUGGUUGGAUCAGGAAUGGCGGGAUGAAAAGCUUGAGUGGAACCUUAGCGACUACAACAACAUUUCAGUCUUGCGUGUUCCUUGUGACUUCAUCUGGCUACCCGACAUUGUAUUAUACAACAGUGUUGAAAACCACAACAAAGGUUACAUGAAAAGUCUGGCUAUGGUUCAUAGUGACGGAAGCGUCUUCUGGCCUCCUAUUGUACGCAUGCGCAGCUCCUGUAAAAUGGACAUAACAUAUUUUCCAUUUGAUGAUCAGCUGUGUGGUUUGAUUCUCGGAUCCUGGGCUUAUGACGGGUUUCAGGUUGACGUGACCAACCGGUCAGAGAACGUGGAUCUCUCCAACUACGUGGACAGCGGCGAGUGGGAGCUGCUGGACACAAAGAUCAUCCGUAGGGUCAAGCAUUACACUUGCUGUCCGGAGCCUUAUAUAGACGUUACCUUCUAUAUCAUGAUCCGUCGACGUGUCCUGUAUUAUUUUCUGAACGUCAUCAUUCCCUGCAUGCUGCUGUCCAGCUUGUCCUUGACCGGGUUUCUACUUCCGCCUGACGCCGGAGAAAAGGUCACGCUAGGAUUGACCGUCCUGCUGGCGUUUUCUGUGUUCAUGCUUCUAGUCGCUGAGAAUAUGCCGCCCACGUCCGAGUAUGUUCCCCUGAUAGGUAUAUAUCUGACAGUGAUUAUGGCCAUGUCGGCGAUGUCCGUUGCUUUGUCUGUUUUCGUAUUAAACUGCCAUCAUAGAGGCACACGUCUGAACAGACCUCCAAGAAUUGUCAGAGUAUUUGCAAAAUUAGCCGCAAAAUGUUUUUGCGUACGUCUUACCUACCUCAACGCGAGAAAAGCUACUAACAACUACAGCAGCCAGACAACGAAGAAACCCACCAGCAAACAUAAUACCACAGAAAAUGUGUUCAGAUCUCAGGCAUCGGUGAAUCAGUGGCAAAACAUGUCUUCUGAUUCGUCCAGAGACAGUCAUUUGGCGUCAGCAUCUUCGGCUUCCCUGCAGCAAAAUCCUAGUCAAAGUGUACCUACUGUUGACAAUGCAGCACGUAACGGUGCAGCCGGGUCUAAUCAUGCGACAGAUAACGCCUCUUACAAACGAGGAAGCACGCGAAGCAUGGUGGAGCUACAGAUGUUGCAGUAUUUACAGGCUGUGUUGGAGGCUUAUACUAAAGAACGCGAGGAUCGUGUGUUUGUACUUGAGUGGCAGGAAGUUGCCAGGGUGUUGGACAAAUUCUUCUUUUGGAUUUUCGUUGCUGUAACCACCAUCAUUACGAUAUUUUUAUUGAUGUUGAGCCCUAUUGCCAAGAAAAUUGACUUUCCUACCGAGUGA